CUCGCUGCUGACUUUCAGCUCCUUUCCAUUUGAAUACGUCAAGAUGCAGGACGGUAGGGCUCCUCGUGUAAAAAACCGCGCGCCAGCGGCUAUUCAAAUUACCGCGGAGCAACUUCUGCGUGAAGCCCAGGAGCGGCAGGAGACCGCGUUUCGGGCACCGAAGCAGAGAAUUGAAGACUUCGAGGAAUUGCACGAAUAUAGAGGUCGUAAGAGAAAGGAAUUUGAGGAUCGCAUUCAGCGUACACGGGGUAAUUUAAAGGAGUGGAAAGCAUAUGCCAACUGGGAGGCGAGUCAAGGAGAAUAUGACCGUGCGCGUUCCGUGUUCGAGCGUGCCCUUGAUGUCGAUUCUCGAAGUGUCGCACUGUGGCUGUCAUACACGGAGAUGGAGUUGAAAGGAAGAAAUGUGCAGCAUGCGCGAAACUUGUUUGACCGAGCUGUGACUUUGCUUCCACGCAUUGAUCAGGUUUGGUACAAGUAUGUGUACCUUGAAGAACUGCUGGGCAAUGUCGCCGGCGCACGGCAAGUGUUUGAACGAUGGAUGGCAUGGGAACCGGAUGAUAAAGCAUGGCAGGCGUAUAUCAAGAUGGAGGAACGAUACCAAGAGCUUGACCGUGCCAGUGCGAUUUACGAACGAUGGGUCGCUGUUCGACCUGAGCCCCGCGUGUGGGUCAAAUGGGCGAAAUUUGAGGAAGAACGAAUGAAACUCGAUAAGGCACGCGAAGUAUUUCAAAUGGCACUUGAGUUUUUCGGAGACGACGCAGAGCAGAUCGAAAAAGCUCAGGCUGUAUUCAACGCGUUCGCGAAAAUGGAGACACGGUUGAAGGAGUAUGAUCGUGCAAGGGUGAUUUACAAGUUCGCCUUGGACCGAUUGCCGAGGAGUAAGAGUGCUGCAUUAUACGCUGCAUAUACGAAGUUUGAGAAGCAACAUGGGACGCGUUCGACGCUUGAGACGACUGUUGUAGGAAAGCGACGUAUUCAAUAUGAAGAAGAGUUAUCGCAUGAUGGACGGAAUUAUGACAUCUGGUUUGAUUACGCACGUCUCGAAGAAGGCGCACUGCGAUCACUUCGUGAGGACGGCUCUUCUGAUGAGGAGCUGGAAGCGGCGGUGAAUCGUGUACGCGAGGUGUAUGAACGUGCUGUCGCUCAAGUACCACCAGGAAACCUCAAACGUCAUUGGCGGCGAUAUAUCUUCCUAUGGUUGGACUACGCGCUGUUUGAAGAAAUCGAGACAAAGGACUAUGAUCGAACCCGACAAAUAUACCGAACAGCGCUACAAGUUGUUCCCCAUAAACAAUUCACAUUUGCGAAGCUGUGGCUGAUGUUCGCGAAAUUCGAAGUCCGGAGACUUGACCUGCCAGCGGCGAGGAAACUACUUGGGGCAGCUAUCGGGAUGUGUCCAAAGGAGAAGCUCUUUAAGGGGUACAUUCAGCUUGAACUUGACCUACGAGAAUUUGAUCGCGUCCGACAGCUAUACGAAAAAUACAUCGAAUUCGAUCCUACAAACUCUUCUGCUUGGAUCCAAUUUGCACAGUUUGAGGCUGUGUUAGCAGAUUAUGCGCGUGUACGGGCGAUAUACGAGUUGGGCGUUUCGCAGGUCCCGUUGUCCUACCCUGAGAAUUUGUGGAAAGCGUACAUCGACUUUGAGUUCGAACAGGGAGAGAGGGAGAAGACGAGAGCGCUGUAUGAACGGCUGGUACAGAUAAGUGGCCAUGUGAAGGUGUGGCGCGCGUAUGCAGAGUUUGAGGCUGCACCGAUCCCGAUGAGCCAGGCGAUGCGUGAGGAAGAGGAAGAGGAAGAGGAAGAAGAAGAGAAGUUCGUGGAGGGCGAUGUGCAACUUGCGCGUCAGGUGUUUGAGAGAGCAUAUAAGGAUUUGAAGAGUAGGGAUCUCAAAGAAGAGCGCGUUGUCUUACUCGAGGGCUGGAAGGAAUUCGAACAGACGCACGGUACCCAGGCUGACAGCGACAAAGUCCAGGCUAUGAUGCCGAUCGUUAGCCGGAAACGGCGCAAGGUCGACGAGCUUGGGGAUACAAUGGAGGAAUAUUGGGACAUGGUAUUCCCUGAUGAUGAGCGCGAGGCCAACCCAGCAUCGUUCAAGUUCCUCGAGAUGGCACAUAAGUGGAAGCGCAUGCAGGCCUCCGGAGGCAGUGGUACAAAUACGGGAGAGCCUUCUUUAUCAUCUAUGUUCACGUCUGCGACGACGGAAAACGUAUCCACUGAUGAGGCUAAUCGGGACGAUGGAAGCAGGAAAGAUGAUCAAACAGGUCAACCAGGGAGUAGUGAAGAUGCGGCCGGUGAUAGUGAUUCUGACAUGGCGAGCUCUGCUGGUGACGCAUGAUCUGUGUACUCAUGUAUAUACGUGCACGAUUUGUGACACUGGAUACAACAUCCGAUCGGUAAAAAUUGGCCUUGUACAUUGUGAGCAUAUCAAGCUAGCUAUACAAUUUGCAAAUGCAGUUGUAGGUUCGUAAAAAUGUGUAGCGAGGCUCUGAACAUGUAACUGUGCGACCUGACGAUCUUUUGCGCACAUUACGUC